UGUAAAUGCAGAGAACCCGCGGAGAGUUUUUAGUUUCCAGCUCUUCGUCUUCUCCAAUCUCUGGUCGGGAAAUCUUCGAACCCUUCGGACGUUUCAGACCUAUCAAUUGCGUUUCAACAUCUUCGUACUAUUUAAAACUGCACACGAUUAUCUAUGCGAUUUGUUGGUGGGGUUAGAGUUAUAGCUCGGGUUAGGGUUAGGGUUUGGAUUUUCGACUUUUGCUAGGGAGUCCGUGAACGUUUGAUUGUUUAUUCAACUGCAAAUAUCUAUCAAUCUAUAUACAUAGGGAGAGAGGAUGUAUGCUGAUCGUGUGGACGCUGCAAGCAGGAGGUCAAUAAAGGAGCGUCUUAAUGGCAACGCCGUAGACGAUUCCGGUCGCCGAAGACAAAUCACCGGCAAGAGGCAGAGGCAGGAUGAUGACAAGUGGGAACAUGAUCUUUACAUGGAUGAUAGACCACAAAUGUCAAAUCGCAGAAUUGGUGCUAAAGAUCUUCGACUGAAGCUCCUGAAGAAGAGUGUUCAGCAAGCAAGUCAAAGUGGAAGUACAUCUGUUUCAGGUGUAAGGGAUCUGCGUGAAAAGCUCUCUGGCACAAUGUAUCUGCCUCCUCCAAACAGUGAUCCUCCAAAAGCAAAGCCAGUACUUGAGGGCAGUAUACCUGUGAGGAAAAGUGUUAUUGUUGAAACCCCUGAACCGGAGACAAAAAAAGUAGCUGGCAAAGUCUCUAGGAAAAAGACUCAUCAAAAGGCUGAGUCAGUUGAUAAUUUCCUGCAGUCCCUUGGUCUGGAGAAGUAUUCGAUUACAUUUCAAGCUGAGGAAGUUGAUAUGGCAACACUUGUGCACAUGACUGACAACGAUUUGAAAGCUUUAGGGAUACCAAUGGGUCCAAGAAAGAAGAUACUUUUGGCCUUAGAGUCUAAAGUCUGAUAUUUGCCAGUGGUUUCCAUAUCCAUGCAUGUUUGCUUUGAACCCCUUUGUUCCAAUCGUCAACAUUCUACAGGGCAGCAGCAGGAGCAGGCUUGUUUUACUGAUACAACUGCAUGUAAUUUUUCGUUUCCGUUUUUUGCCAGAUUAAAUAUUCGGUUGUAUUGGUAAGUGGCUUCAGUGAGCUGAUGAUGGUUGAUAUCAUUAUGAAAUUUGAAUUUUGAUGAACUUGAUUGCA